AUGUCACAAAAUGAGUAUAUAGAACGACAUAUUAAAUUACAUGGUCGUAGAUUUGAUCAUGAAAUUAAAACGCGUAAGAAGGUUGCUAGAGCACCUAUAAAAGAAAGUAAAAAAGCAAAAACACUUCGUGGAAUUAAAUCUAAAAUAUUUAAAAAACAUAAAUAUGCCGAAAAAAUACAAUACAGAAAAUUAAUAAAACAAAAAGAAGAAAAAGAAAUGAAAGAGAAAGUAAUAGAGAAGACAGAUGGAGCGAUACCGGCAUAUUUAUUGGAUAGAGGAGAUAUUAAUAGAACUAAAAUUUUAAGUAAUAUGAUAAAACAAAAAAGAAAAGAAAAGGCUGGAAAAUGGACUGUACCAAUACCAAAAGUUAAAGCAAUGAAUGAAAUGGAAAUGUUCAAAGUUCUAAAAACUGGAAAACGAAAAAAAAAAAUGUGGAAAAGAAUAAUUGAUAAAGCAUGUUUUGUACCAGAAGAUUUUACAAGAAAACCACCAAAAUAUGAAAGAUAUAUAAGACCUACGGGAUUAAGAUUUAAAAAAGCACAUGUAACACAUCCAGAACUGAAAACGACAUUUUAUUUGGACAUUAUUUCAGUAAAAAAAAAUCCUCAAUCGAAUCUCUAUACAUCCUUAAACGUAAUUACUAAAGGAACAAUAAUUGAAGUGAAUGUGAGUGAACUGGGUUUGGUAACACAGACAGGAAAAGUCAUUUGGGCCAAAUAUGCUCAAGUUACAAAUAAUCCCGAAAAUGAUGGGUGUAUCAAUGCUAUACUUCUCGUCUAA